GAGUGAGUCGAUUUCAAUGUUCGAUGUUGUUUUCUUCGAAGACGACCCCCGGUUCGGAAAUUGGCGCGAAAUGCAGUAUCUUGAUGUGCAGUGAUCUCUGCAUCACCUUCCAUCAACCAUCGACUACGAGUACCAUGCAGUCAGGUCAACACCAGCUUCCGAAGAUCGAGACACCCAAAACCAAUUGAUAAGAAUCUGAGAAUCCCGAUGAUCCCUCGCAUCGUCGCGUUGCACUUAUUCUGUUUUCUAUUGUGAGCAAUCCACGAUACCAGGCUAUCUAUCUAUCUAUCUAUCUAUCGUUUUUGUAUCCCAAGGAGCCGAAACGAUGAAAUUUGCUGUUUCGGCUCGAGCUGUCGCGGGGCCGACAGCCUAUCGGUUUGCGAAAGUCGGUUUUCUGUUCUUUUUUGUUUUUGCUGUAACAAACAAAGCUAGUGCUGCGACAGAACCAACAACACCAACUCCCUCGGUUGCUUCCUCCACCACCACCGUCUUGGAUAAAACCAUUCCUAAUGUUUUCGAUACCGACGACGAGCACCAGCAACCCGCAGAUCCUACCAGCGGCAGCGGCAGCGGCAUCGACCAGUUGAUACACGAGUCUCUCGACGAGAUUCUCGCGGCGAUGAAGGAAUUCCAUUCCGGGGGAACACCGGGGCGGCCCUUUGUGACCCUCACCUACGCCCAGAGCAUCGACGGGAAAAUCGCGCUCUUGCUGGAUCGAGCCGCAAGGGGUGCCUCCCCCCGCGCCGCCGCCACGUCGUCGAACUUUGCCAUCAGCGGCCACGAGUCCCUCCGCCUGACCCACGCGCUGCGGUCCGUCCACGACGCCAUAGUGGUGGGGGGGAACACCCUGGCCGUCGACAACCCGCGCCUGGGCAACCGGCUGUGGAAGACCACCGGUGCUUCCGAUUCUUGGAGCGACCGUUGCGGCAGCGGGCACCAGCCCCGCCCCGUGGUGCUGGACACGCACCUCCGCUCCGUGAGAGCGCUGGGAGCGGCGAUGCGGGCCGAGCGGCCGAUCGUCUGCUGCAGCAAGGGCGCGUACGACCGGGCCGUUCGGGAAGGCUUUCGGUGCGACGCCGGCUUGGGAGAAAGAAGCACACGCGGCGGCGGGGGCGGCGGUCCCGGGGACGAACGGGUGGCCGGGAAGACCGGCA